AUGCCCUCAUGCAUGCCCUCAUGCAUGCCCUCCCACCAGCCCUCACCUUACCGUGUGAUAGCACCACACGGUCCACACCCCACCCCACCACAUUCAACAGCUGCGCUCACCUUGGCCAGGCGGCGCCUGGAAAGAGCCAUGAGAAUGGGAAUGCAGUGUGCACCCGCCACUUUCCCCUCCUCACAUUGUCUGCCUCACCUUGGCCAGGCGGUGCCUGGUCUGGAGAGAGCCACCCACCACGGGAGUGCCGCGUGCCUUACCUUUCUGAAAACGCUCCCCCCUGUCUUGGCUGUCUACCUGCCCAUGUGCUACGUGAUAGAACCACACUUCACCACAUUCAACACCUGCGCUCACCUUGGCGAGGCGUCGUCGGGAGAGGGCCACGACCACACUUGUGUCUCCCACCCAUCACCACACUUGUCUCUCCCACCCAUCACCACACUUGUCUCUCCCACCCAUCACCACACUUGUCUCUCCCACCCAUCACCACACUUGUCUCUCCCACCCAUCACCACACUUGUCUAUCCCACCCAUCACCACACUUGUCUCUCCCACCCAGCACCACACUUGUCUCUCCCACCCAGCACCACACUUGUCUAUCCCACCCAUCACCACACUUGCAUCUCCCACUUAUCACCACACUUGUGUCUCCCACCCAUCACCACACUUGUCUCUCCCACCCAGCACCACACUUGUCUAUCCCACCCAUCACCACUCUUGUCUCUCGCACCCAUCACCACACUUGUCUCUCCCACCCAUCACCAUACUUGCCUCUCCCACCCAGCACCACGAACUUGUUUUUCUGAAAUGCCGGCGCUCACCCGCCAGCGCGUUGAGUUGAGCUCGGGUGUGACCACCUGGUGGGCGUACCUACCUGGGGGAUGGAAAGGGAAAGGGCAGGCAGGGGGAAGAGAGGGGGGCAGAGGGGGAAGGGGGUUGGACGAGCAACGGAAUCGCAACAGCUCCGUCAGCAGUGCAGCCUCAGCGACUGCAAGCCUCCAUGCCAAUGUAUGUGGUAGGCUGGGUGUUCCCUCUCACCAGGCUGCCUUCUUGCCCUCUCUUCUCCUCUCUUCUCCUCUCCUCUCUUCUCACCUCCCCUCCCUUCCUCCCUUCCCUUCUCUCCUCCCGUCCCUUCUCUCCUCCCCUCCCUUCUCUCCUCCCCUCCCUUCUCUCCUCCCCUCCCUUCUCUCCUCCCCUCCCUUCUCUCCUCCCCUCCCUUCUCUCCUCCCCUCCCUUCUCUCCUCCCCUCCCUUCUAUCCUCCCCUCCCUUCUCUCCUUCCUUCCCUUCUCUCCUCCGCUCCCUUCUCUCCUCCCCUCCCUUCUCUCUUCCCGUCCCUCCACUCCUCCCUCCCUUCCUUCAUCCCUUCCCUUCUCUCCUGUCCUCCCUUCACGCCUCCCUUCCCUUCUCUCUUCCCCUCCCUUCUUUCUUCCCGUCCCCCCACUCCUCCCUCCCUUCUCUUCUCCACUCACAUCCCCUCUCUCUCCCUUUCCCGCGCUCUUCCCCCUUCCCUCUCUCCCGCCCUUCCCCACCCCUCUGCCUGUCCCUCUCCCCUCCUCCCCUCCCCCAUCCUCCUCCGCCUCCUGCCCCACCUUCUCCCAACCCUCGUCUCGUUUCCGCCAAACCCAAGCCACGCGCGCUUGCGCCCUCACUUCCCCCUCCCCUUCCUGCGCCUUCCCUCCCCACUCCGCCUCCCCUUCCCCCUCCGUGCGGCCGUCCGUCGCUGCUGCCCCCACCUGCGGCGCUCCCCGUUCCAGUGGAAAACCGACAUCCGCGGAUUCUCGCGGUGGCGGCGGUACAGGCGCGCGCAGGGGGGAUUGCGGUGGUAA